UCGUGCGAUAGUUCACACUGAAAGAAAAAUGGCGGACAGAAGACGACGAAGAAAUUCCGAAGGCGAGAGUGAAGACGAAACUGAGGAAACUGGGGCGAAUAAAAAGAAAGAGAAAGAGACGCGUAAAUCAGAAUGUGAGAGUGAAGGAGAGGGACAAGCUGAUGGAGGAGAUAAUUCUGAAUAUGAAAGUGCCAAUGAAGACAACGAUGAUGAUGACGAUGAUGAAUAUACUGAUGAUGAUGAUGACGAUGAAGAUGAAGAUGAUGAAACAGCUACCUACGAUGGUAGUGUGAUAGUAGAGAGUUUAGGAGAGGGAGAAGAAAGGCAGAGUGGGGAUGGAGAGGAGCAGCCGAAGGAGGAAGUGGAUGAUGACGAGGAUCGCAAGAAUCCGGCAUUUGUACCCAGAAGGGGAGCCUUCUAUGAACAUGACAUGAGAAUUUCUAUGGAAGAACCAGUCCCAGAGGAGGAACAACAGAGACCUAAGAAAAAGUUGUGGAAGGAUGAUGGGAAGUGGAACCACGAUCGGUUCCGUGAGGAUCAACAGGCUCCCAAGUCUCAGGAGGAACUCUUCACCAUGUAUGGCUACGACAUUCGGCAGUACGACAAACCUCCAGACGCACCCAAGAUGACAAAUAGGCCAAGGGGAAGAAGAUCUGAUCAUAAAUCAAUGUUACAAGAUUUCGUUACCGAUCGCCCAGUAUCUCAACGCUCACCACCGAGUGAUUUUGUGCAGAGUAGGAAUAGUUACAACAACCAGGAGAGGGAAACGAGGAACAACAAAUAUAAUAACAACAGGGACAGGGGGCGUUUCAGCCAGGAUACCUACAACCGUGACAACAACCGCUCAUUUCACCGCUCAUCCUCAGCAGAACUGGAGGAUGAUAGAUUCUCACCUGGUAAAGACAGGGCUUACUCACGGGGCCAGGACAGAGGUACGGAUAGGAAUAACUCCAAUCAUGACAGAGGUACGGAAAGGAAUUACUCUAAUCAGAAUAGAGGUUCAGAUAGGAAUUACUCCCAUCAGAAUAGAGGGCCAGAGAGGAAUUACUCCAAACAAGAUAGAAGUCCAGAUAGGAAUUACUCAAAUCAGGAUCGAGGUUUAGAUAGGAAUUACUCCAAUCAGGAUCGAGGUGUUGAUCGUGACUUUUCUGAAGGUCAUGACCAUAGUAAUGCAAAAGUUCAAGAUCGUGGUUUUUCAGGACAGAAUAGAGGAAAUCGAUACAGAAAUAGUGCCAGUGAUAGGCUGGAUACGAGGUCUGAUUAUAACCAGACGAGAUCACAAGACCUGGAUUACAGUCCGGGUAAACAAAGAGAGAUGCACAGGUAUGAACGGCGGGAGCGGGGAGGAGCUUCAUCGAGGGCAGGGCUCCGAGGUCGGAGUAGACAUGGACGUGGAGGUGACUAUGAUCAAAAUGACAGGGGUUCCCGGUCUUACUCAGAUAUGAAAGACAAUAUGGCUUCAAAUCGUGGGAAUACAUUUCCUCCAAGGUUCCAGAAGCAGGCACCAAGAGAUUACAAUAAUCUGCUUGACGAAUACGGCUACCAAGAAGGUGAAAUCUUCCGAACUACAAUCACUACAGAACCUGCCACUAAAGUCGUCGACACAAUCGUUAAGGAUCCUAGUCCAGUGGAACAGGUAUCUCCGCGCACGCAUGACUUAACUGACAAAGACACUGUACAGAAUGUGAACAUUGUAAUAUCUAACACUGGAGAGCGCAAGUCUUACUCCAAAGACAGGCGAGCUCGCGAUCGUGCUGUAGGGAAGACGAGGGUUCAGGAUAACGUUAUCAAUGCAGUGGUCCAGGGAACGAUGCAUGUGAACAUGCAAGGUUCUGAACAAAACGUGGAUACUGGAGACAUAUCGCCAAAACCAGUGUCUACAGGUGAGAGUACAUCGCCAAAGUCCUUUGAGCAGAAACAAAGCUACAACAAGGCAUCAAAGUCAGUCGUCAGCAAACAGGCUGACUUGGGUCAGCAAGGCCGAUCUAAACGCUAUUCCUCCCAGAGACAACGUGCAGGUCAGGAGGCGGGUUUUACUGACCAGGCUCCUCCCCAGACGUCCUUUGCGGAGAGCAAGGCUCCACCUCCUGUCAGCAAGGCUCCUUCAGUUCAGAGCCGGAAUGCCAAGUUUUACAAACCUCCCUCACCAGGUUUUGUGAAGCAGGAAGGUCCUGGAGCGCCUCCAUUCCAGUCAGCCAUGCUGCGGGCCCCUAUGGCCUUCCCCAUACCAGUAUCAACUGGAGGAAUUCCUGCACAGCCACCUCAGGUGUUUGUGCCACCAAGGACUACGGGACCCCCAGUCACUAUGACAUCAGCCAUGCAGAUACAACCACCACAGUUCAUCAACACAGGGAUGAUGUACGGUGCACCGCCUGCUCCAUUUCCUGUAGCCACUGGUCUUGUUCCCAUGCAAGGAAAUGUUCCUAUUCAAGGAAAUGUUCCUAUUCAAGGAAAUGUUGCCAUACGAGGAAAUGUUCCCAUGCAAGGAAAUGUCCCUAUGCAAGGAAACGUUCCCAUGCAAGGAACUGUCCCUAUGCAAGGAAACGUUCCCAUGCAAGGAAAUGUCCCUAUGCAAGGAAAUGUCUCUUUACCAGGAAAUGUACCAAUGCAGGGCUUUCCUUCUCCUCCAGCGGUGUCCACGUCUCAACCCCCUCCCCCUCCACCAGCACAGCAAGGACAGUUACAGCAGGGAGAGAUGUACCGAGGUGGGACGACCUACUACCCUCCCGAACUACAACAAUACAAGAGUCCACCCCCAGGCACCACAUACUACCCACCGGAACUCCAGUUCAAGAGUCCACACCGGUCCCCAGUACGUCGAGCCAAGACAGCCAUCCCAAUUGUUGACCCGCAGGCUGUGAAUAAACAAGAUUCACAGAGCGAGUUUGAAAACACACAAGACUUGGAGAAAUCUCCGGGAAGUUCCGGUACGCCUGACUUCUCCGACGCAAGGUCUGAACAGGAGUACGUAGAAGACGACGAAGACGACUACAUGGAUGAAGAUCCACUAGGUGGCGUCGAUACCACAAAAUAUGCAGCUCCAGAUCAAUCGUUAGCAAACCUUGACACAAAACAUUCAGUUCAUGAACAAACGGAGAAAGGCAGGCCAGUAGAUUCUGUGGAAUCUGUCGGUGAAAUCAAACUAGAAAGUCGCUCUAUAGAAAGUCCUCAAACUGCGCAACAAACAGAGGAAAGUCCUUCUACAGAAAGUUCUGAGACACACAGUGUUAAAAAUCAAAGUCAAGAGACACCAAAUGUUGUUAACGAAAGUCGUAAAGAUUUGUCAUCAAUAAAAGUUGAAACGGACGUGAGUAAUAUAGAAUCUAGUGAGGUUGUACAGUCAGAUUCACCAAGUGAGAAACUACAAACCGUUAAACAAGAAACAGAAUUAAAAGAAAACCAUGUUGUGGAAGAAAAGUCGUCGCAAUCAGAGGAAGGGGAAGUAGUUUCCUCCUCGUCACUCCCUGAUUCUAGUGGACAGGAAACACCUUCUAGAGAACAAAAUGACGAGUAGGAACAGAGCUAUUUGUACUGUGUAGUGUAUUAUUCACCAAAAUAUGUUGUAUUAUUUUCUGCCCAUGGGCAUGUGCAGUUCUUUAUAGAUUGUGUGGGGAAACCGUUCAAGCUGUAAAAUUUGAUUUAAAAGAGGGAUAAAAUGAAUAUCAUAACUCGGUAUUGUAUAAAAAAAAUAAAAAUAUCCCAUUUUUUGUUUCAAUUCUUUCCUGUUCUUUUUCCUAGAAAAUUCUUGGUGAUGUUUUCUGACCCAAUACUUACAGUAGUGUAAGACAAUGGCAAUAACCUCACCUAUCAGAUAUAGUUAUGUUCUAUAGCAAUAAUUGAAAAAAAUAAUUUUUAGACUGUUUUUCUUGCAGGGCUACAAAGGUAUUUUAAAGCACAAAGGUUUCCAAUUAUUCCAUGGGAGUUAAUUCAAUCUUCCUUUAUUGUCAUCAUUAUUGUUUAACCCUUCACCCUUAUGUUAUCAUAGUAGACUCUUCCAUGCAUUGAUAUGGAUGAGUUCAUUAUGGUCUACAGCGGUGAAAGGGUUUAUGCUAUUUUUGGUAUGUUGGAAUGUCUCAUGUUAAAUCAUUGCAAUUCUGCCGGUGAUUUAUUGAUUCCGUUAACUUGAUAAAACUGAUAUGUUUCACGCUGUGACAGAUAUAUCCAAAGUAAUAUGUAUCACACUGUGACAGAUAUAUCCAAAGUAAUAUGUUUCACGCUGUGACAGAUAUAUCCAAAGUAAUAUGUAUCACACUGUGACAGAUAUAUCUAAAGUAAUAUGUAUCGUAGUGUGAAAAUAACAUUUGGUAUCGACCAGUCAAAACAGCUCCUCCUAAUUAAACAUCAAAAGCUUCUGAUUUUCUUGUCAGAAACAGAUGAAGUGACAAUAGAAAAAGUGGCUAACUUGUACAUCUUCAUUAGAUUUAUUUACCCUUUCACCCCUAUGUAACUUUAGUAGACUCUACUGUGCAUUGAUAUGGAUGAGUCCAUUAUGGUGUUCAGUGGUGAAAGGGUUAAGAUAUUUCGUAUAUUAUACACAACUGUCUGAUAAUGUUUUACAUAAAUCUCACCAGAUAUUAUCAUGUGUUUUGUCAUUAGAAUUAUAUGGCGCCAAAUAUUACACUAUUCAAUCCCAACCUAUUUGAUGAAGUAAGAUUUUCUCGCUAUUUGUAGUUUAAAAUUGUAAUAAAUGGAAACUUUGAUGGUUUUUCAAUCCAAUACCAUGUAUAUUUCAAAAGUACAGCAAAAGAUACAGAUAUUUUCACUUGUGUUUCACACUUAAGAAAAAAGUUGUUAUUCUGCCAUAGUUGUGAAAUAUACCUGGUACUCAACAGGAAACCAUUAAACUUACACAGUAAUUAUGAAUAGCUGAAAAAGAAAUAGCAGACAGACAUUUUCUAGAGUUAUACUGAAUCACUAAUGACUUCUGAUACCUUAUACAUUAUCUAAGAUACCUUCCUAUUAUCAGAAACACUUUUUUUACUUGAAAUAUUUUAUAUGUAAUACGAAAAUUACACCAUAAAUCCUGAUUAAUAAUUGACUCAUUAUCAGAAAUUGUCAAAAAAAUCAUUUUUUUAAAAAGUCUGAAAUCAAAUGUAUUUCUGUGUAUUUUUAUUAGAUUCAGACAUCUGAAUUUGUAUAGAAACGAUGUAAGCUUUUAUUUUUUGUUUUGGAAAUUAUAUUCGACUAAAGUGUUUGUUACAUUGUCAUCAAGCUAACCAGACUUUUUCCUGAAACAAUGUGUUACUGUGUCGAUGUUUUGUAUACUUUGUGUUAUCAAUGCAUUAAUGCUGAAAAGAAAUGAAAGUGUAAAAUAUUUUACAGUUCAAAUAUAAGCUUGUAUGUGUUCCUCUAUUCCGUGUGUAAGAGUAUAAAUGACUUGACAGUCAAAGUCCUUUAAACGUUUGUUGCAUUCUUUACUUUUGUAUUAUAGUCGGUUCAAACAACCAUGUUUAAUUAAAAAAAAAAGGUAAAUAAAAUUAUUUGUAAUGUCAUCUGAUGGUGGGCUAUUCAAAUCACCCUGCGUCCGUGGUCCGUCCUUAAACAAUUCUUUUAGUGUUAUUUCUCAAGAAGUACCGGAGAGUUUCCCUUAGACUUUAGUUGUGCAGGGCAACUUUUAUGACUGAUCGGAUAAACAAAAUGGUAGGCAGGCAGCCAUAUUGGAUUGACAUAAUAUCUGGCUUAAAAUAGGGGACAGGCUUAUUACGUGGGGGCCAAGAGGUUAAGGUGUCUGACAUGCUGCUACCACUGGCCCUCAACUGCUGGGUCGCAGGUUUGGACCUACGUGGGGCAGUCGCCAGGAACUGGUAGGGCAGAGGUUUCUCUCUGUUAACUCGAGCUUUCCUCCACCACCAAACCCUGGCAAGUCCUUAAAUGACCAAACCCUGUUAAUAGGACGUAAAACACACAAAAGAAAGUUCUUCCAAACUGUGAUGGAUAUGAGUGAAAUCAUUACCCAAUAAAUAUAGUAUUAAGAUAUCAGUGUCUAAACUUAUUACUGAAAACAAUUGAUGAAAUGGUAACAGGAGAGAAAAUACAACAGUCAGACUGGGAGUCGAACCAGGGACCUCUUAACUAGAGACCGAUGCUCAAACCCACUGAGCUACAUAUAGUCCCAGUGCUUGAUCCAUCUCGGUUUAACCAUGUUCCCUCUUGCUUGAACAAAGCUUUCGACUCCAAAGGUCUAAGAGACCUCAUACCAACUUCCAUGGGUGUGUUUUUUGAGUGCAAAGAAUAAUUUAACAGCCAGACCAUGAAAUAGAGAUCAGGGUCAUGGGUUCAAGAGCCAUGUGGGGCAGUCGCCAGGUACUGGCCAUAGGUCAGUGUUUUUUGUCUGGGAACGCCGGCUUUCCGCAACCAUCGAAACCUGGCACAUCCUUAAAUGACCAUAGCUGUUAAUAGGACGUAAAACACGAUCAAACCAAACCAAAGCCACACCAGCAUUUGAACCUGUAACCUCCAAACUCUAGAUGGACACUAACUACACUAUUGAUAAUGUUCAGUUCCUACACAGAUUAUGUAUUUUCUGUCAAUUUAAUGUGUAUAUAUCUGAAUAAUAAUAUUAUUCUGUAGUGGAUAGGGCUUUGUUUACCUGUAUAAGCUGAAGUUUUUGUCCUCAUAUGUGACAAACAGGGUCAUAUAAUGGGGAAAAACCCAGUUUAACUGGAUAGUUAUACAUUAAGAUUUUUUUUCAAUUUUAUCUUGUGAUUUAAUAUCUGGACCUGGAGAGAUAUUUCAGGAACACACAUAUAUACAGUAGUCCAAAGAAACUGAAAGAGAUGCAUUUUCUAGUGUCCUUAAACUUGUAUUAGGUAAUAGGCUUAUCACCAAAUAUGGGCAUAUACAGUGUCCAAAUGAAUGUUUGUUAUCACUGGUAAAAUUUAGUAAAUCAACACAUUUGGAUUACCUCCCUUGUGUUGUUAUUUCUUUUUACUUUGUUUUUUGACUUUAGAAUAUAUGCUUGACACAAUUUCAUGAAUAUUUUUGUAUUGGAAUAAUUGGAAAGGAAAGAUUCUACAAUUGAUCUUGUGUUACUCAGUAUCGUUCAAAAAUAGAACAUGAUGGUAUAAAAGUUUAUAAAAUUACAACAAACCUAUAUUUUUUGUUAUUUUGUUUUAUGUCUGUGACGGCAUUGUUGAGGAAUAUAAGACCCUAACAAGUAAUGGACUGCUGGCUGUGUGAUGAUGGAAGAAUGUAGACUUAUCCUAAACUUCGAUUGUGUGAUUGUCAUUUCAUAUCAAAUGUAAAAUACAUUGUGUAUAUAUGUGUACAGGAACAGAUUUUAAUAUGGACAAUUUCACCAAAUUUAUUCUGAUUUCCAAGAGGAAUAUUUAUUUCAUUGACAGUUAAAUCUGGACUUCAGUCUAAUAUUGCUUUAUGACAAAAGUCCAGGUCCUGCUCAAGUAGAUGUUGUGUGCAAAUUCUCCCAUCCUCAUUGUCAACCCAUGUAUGUAUAGGCAGCAUGCUAUAGAAUUAGGUCAGGUUUUAUUCAUAAUUAAUACAAAGCUGAUUCGUGACUUUUUAAAUGGCUGUACACUUAAUUGAUUAAAAGAAGAUAAAGAAUGUAUACAGAAUAUUUUUGAUACAUAAAUGUAUGGUACUAUCAUAUGCCGAUAGAUUGAGUGGUUUUUAUCAAAACAUCAUCCAGGUAACAUUGGUUUUGAGAUUUCCUGGAAACCAAUACGAGAUAGCCCUGUAUGAAAAUGUUUGAGGAAAUAAAUAGGUUUCUGAUGCUUAUAAAUAAAGUCCUGUUAAGUUAAUUAUAAAAAUACUGAUGAAUUAUUGAUUUAUUAUGAUUUAAUAUUUCAGCACUGUCGGGAGAUAUGUUAAAAGGCCAAGAAUUUUGGGAAAACUGAAAAUUUCAUAUUUUUUUUGCCUUAAGUACUCUCGGUACGAAACAUUUAACUUCAUUUCUCUUCUGGUGUAGAUAAAAUAGGAUGUUACAAAGUCGUAAUUAUUUCUUUAAUUGUGCAUGAUUUGAAAAAAAAAUGUUGAUCAAAAUAUAAAUGAAAUCAUGAUAAAGACUGAAUGAUGUUUAGAACAUGAGUCAGGUUUAUCACUAUAUUGUAUUAAUUAAGACCUCUGGGAAAGAAGUAUUAGAAAAAGGUUUAAGUUUUGCAAAGAUUCUUUGCUUUAGUUGUUGACAAAUUGAGGCAAGCGUCAGUAAGAGUAACUCUAAGUAAAGAUUUGGUUUUCUGAAAUACAUAAAUUUAUAGUUUUGCAUUUAUCUUGAGAUUUCCAGAAUGUAAAGUUUUGACAUGUCCAGGACCAUUUGUUCUUAAAUGUACGCUGUGAGAUGGUCUUAUUUCAAUGCAGUAUUAUCUGAUGAUGUUAUCUUUUCCCUUAGUGCUGUUUGACUCUACCCAUCUACCCUCAAAGAGUAUUGAGGAUUAGGCCCCUCCUUGUUUCUCUGUUUGACGCUAACCAUCUACCCUCAAAGAGUAUUGAGGUUUAGGCCCCUCCUUGUUUUAUCGAGGUCUAACACCGUAUGUACAGGCUUCAACGAUUCAUAAAAACAAAAUGAAUGAAUGAAAUUAGAAAUACCAGUAAAAAUACCUAUUAUUGGGUAACAUUUGAGAUCCACUGAAGAAAAGUCAUACCAAUCAUUUUAUAAAAAUAUCCCAAGAAGGUGAAAGCUUGAAAGACGUGUUAAACAACAAAUGAAGGAAUAUUUCUGAAUUUGGUUGUAAAAGUAUAACUGAGGUAGGUUCAGGAAUGUUAAUGGUUGAUAUAGAGAUAUGUCUGUGUGUAAAGGUAGGUGGAGAUUAGGUAAAAACUAUUGAUUGAUUGAUAGGUUUUACGUCCGCUUCACUACCGAGGGGUUCGGUUAUCCAGCAAACGAUUGCAUAAAAGUAAAAACUACAAAUGUACAGGUAUUUAUAGGUAGGGGAAGAUAAGGUAAAAACUACAAAUGUACAGGGAUAGUUGACGGUCACUUCUGUACUUCCUCUUUAAAAGAUUAUUUGUCAAUAGGAUAUACCUUUAUAUGUUAAAAAAAUGCAUGUAUGGUAAUUUUGAGCUGGAUUUAUGUUUAUUUUAAUAUCAUCUAGGGAUAUAACUUUAACACACCUCACAAGAAUGAUAAAGCAUUCAUCCUUAAUUUGGUCCCUGAAGUCAUUUGACAGGAAACAUUAAUAUUUCAUACAGUGAUAAAUGUCAGGUUCAUCAAAAUUAUCAGGUCAAUUUAAUGGAAACUUCUAAGGGAAAUAACUCUUGACACAAAUUACAGGUUUAAAGGUAGCAUACCUCCUUAAGUUUGAUUUUAAAGACCCUGUACGAAUGCUGUGUUAGCUUAGUUGUUUUAAUGAUAGCCUUCAUGUGAUCUGCUUUACUUGUGAUUUACCUCUGCAGGUAGCAUAUUCCAACUCUUUUGUUCAAAAUCAAAUACAAUUUUUUUCUCAAUAAUUACAUGCCAAGAUGUUGAAAUUUUCCAUGUUGUACUGUGUUAUAAUUGCAUUUAAAAUGGAUGAUAAAAGAUAUCAC